AUGACGGGACUUCCCUGGGCGACGGUCUAUAUCGCCAUUGCUGGAUAUGCAAUCGCCAAGUCAACCUUCGGCAAUUUCAUCUUUCUAUCAGUCCUGGUCUCUCUGCUCAAAGUUUUCUAUAAUUGGGUGCUGUACCCAGACUUUUUCACGCCUAUCAAGAAAAUUCCAUCACCUGCCGGUCGAUCAUGGCUCACGGGCAACUCCGACACAGUCUUUUUGGAGGCGCCUUUUGAGCAUAUGCAUAGAUGGCUGGAAAAUGUGCCAAACAACGGGUUGAUCCGCUACUACGUCUCGAUUAACCUAGAGCGCAUCUUACCAGUGGGCCCACAAGCUUUGAAAGAGAUUCUGGUCACCAAGUCGUACGACUUUCCGAAACCUGAAUUUAUCAGAGCAAGCCUCAAACGUUUAGCCGGGGAACACGGCUUGCUCCUUGUGGAAGGGGACGAUCAUAAGAAAUCAAAAAAGAACCUUCUUCCAGCAUUUGCUUAUCGCCAUGUUAAAGAGAUGUAUCCGAUUUUCUGGUCAAAGAGUAUCGAAAUGGUGAGAGUAAUGGACGAAGACCUGCGGAAAAAGGCUGAUCCAACGGAUAAUGUCCUCCGGAUGGGAGCAUACGCCAGUAGGGCGGCGCUUGAUAUCGUUGGCGUUGCUGGAAUGGAUCAUGACUUUCAAUCUCUUCGUGACCCUAACAACAAACUCGUGAGAACGUAUCAGAACCUUAUGAGUGAACCGCCAUUGUACAUGAAGAUUAUUUUCCUCCUGACGCUACUUCUGGGUGACCCUGCCUUCGUCCAUGACCUGCCACUCGAGAGGAACAGGAGUAUUGAGCGAAGUUCUGAAACCAUCCGAGAUGUGGCACGGCAGAUGAUCCGGCAGAAGAGAGCGAAAUGGGAAAGUGGAUCCUCCACCUCAGAGGAUAUUGAUAUUGUCUCGGUUGCCCUGCGGAGCGGGAAAUUCACCGAGGAGGAGCUGGUAGACCAAAUGAUGACCUUCUUAGGAGCCGGACAUGAAACCACAUCAACUGCCUUACAGUGGUGUGUGUACGUCUUAUGCAAACACCCGGAUAUACAGACCCGACUCCGGGAAGAGAUCCGUGCAAACCUCCCGCCUAUCUCGACGGAGAACCCCGAGCAGCCUGCUGCUGCCGAUAUCGAUAAUCUCCCAUAUCUCAACGCAUUCUGUAAUGAAGUCCUUCGCUUUCACCCGUCUGUACCUGCUACUAUUCGCAGUGCUAGUCGAGACACAACGAUCAUUGGCGAGCCCAUUCCGAAGGGCACAUUGUUUCUGAUUGCCCCCGAAAUCAUCAAUAAGAGCAAAGAGCUUUGGGGCCCCGACGCCGACAAGUUCGACCCAGAACGCUGGCUAGGCCCUGGUCGGGCUAACAAUGGUGGUGCCGACAGUAAUUAUGCCAACCUUACGUUCCUACACGGACCACGGAGUUGCAUCGGCCAGGGAUUCGCCAAAGCAGAGCUGGCCUGCAUGGUAGCAGUGGUUGUAGGAAAGUACCAAAUGGAGCUGAAGGAUCCAAAUGCUCCACUCGAAGUACGACAACAAGCGACCGUUUGCCCUAAGGACGGGGUGCUUGCUAAAUUUACUACAAUAGAGGGGUGGUGA